AUGUCUACUCGCAAGAGAAAGCAAGACCCCGAGGAGGAGCUCCAGGCUCUCCCUAGCGACGACAGCGAAGAGGAAGAAGAAUACGAAGACUCCGAACUCGAGGCCUCAGAUGUGAGCGACGAGGGCGAGGGAGAGGAGGGCGAGGAGGAUGAUGAGGAUGAAGAGGAAGAAGAGGAAGAAGCCGAAGCCGAAGCCCCUCCUAAAGCUAAGAAGCGAAAGACCGCGCCCACCGUUGAGGACGAAGAGGAUGCCGAGGAGAAUGGCGCCAAUGGCGACGAUGCUGAAGGACAGGAGGAGGAAGAAGAGGAAGAGGCCGAUGAUACGGCUAAACCCAGUGGUCCUGCGGCGACUGCGGCCAAGGCUAAGGGCGGCGAUAUUCCCAAGGAGUCAGAUCUCCCUGAGGUUGAUGCCGAAGAGUGA